AUGGCACAGGCAGCUCACGCGGCGCCCAGCGUAGCCAUCACUCUCGCCUACGACGAUCCUACGUCAGUGGGAAGCGUCCCCCUACCCGAUAACACGCCCACUGUGAGCAGCGUACUUGUGGUGGUUUUGAUCGCGAUCUUUCUCGUCAUCGUCGUCACCUGGCCUUGGUGGAAGCCCAAACUCCCGCCCUUUGUCCUCUGUGGAUGCUGCCCUUUCAUUGUGGUCCACUCGGAGCGCGAUGACAACAUCCCGGACAUCGUGGACCUGGCAUUCGCCAGGUUGGACGCGACCGGCGCCGGUCCCAAGGAGGAUGCGUAA